AAAAAGAAUAAUAAUAAUUUCAUAUUAAGAGAUUAAUGAUGCUUACCAACAGCAUCAGGAAUUAUUCUCUCUGGAUAUAAAUCGGUUAAAAAUAAACUAUUAACUAAUGUAGAUUUUCCAAGGCCAGACUCUCCAACGACCAUGAGUGUAAAUUCAAAACCUUUCUUCACCGACUUUCGAUGCACUUGAUUAGGUAAAUUUGCAAAACCUACGUAGCCUGGGGCUUCAGGACUAGUAAACUGUUUAAAGGAUAUUUCACUUAGAAUACGUUGUAAAGUAAAAAAAAAAAUAAUUAAAAGGAAGGUGAUCAUACGGAAUUACAUAAAAAUUUUACUACUCUCAAAAAAACGUAUAAAUCCUUUCGAAGUUUUAUAUAUAAUAAUACAUUAUUAAUAAACGUCUUACUUCAAAUAAUAACGCAUUUUAUUGUUUUAUAGAUUACUAUAAAAUUUUAUAUAUUAAAAUGUAUGUUCAGUAUAGGUUGCAAAUACGUCCCCAUGAAUAUACUUACAGUUUUAACAUUCUCCCUUUCGCUAGACAUUCUUCCGUAUUAUUGAGUGAAUUUUUUAUUUGAAAGGAAUUAAAUUGCUUGCAGGCAAAUGCCUUAUAAACAAUUUUCGGAUUAUCUAUUUAUGAACUAAUGACAGAACAAGACGUAACAAGAUCGAAAUGUCUACUAGCAGUAUUACCAACAGACGACGAGACGUUUUAAUCGAACAUUCUUUAUAAUCAGAGAAAUAAUUAUUUUAAUAUUUAUUUAAAUAUAAUGCAAAAUGUAUGAUAUUAGUAAAUUAUAUUGCCUUGACGUAUGUAUUCAACGAUCUAUUUUCAAUUGGUUCUGACAUUGUAAAUAUUAAUGAAUUUUGUUACAAUUAGACGAUGUACGUACGGUGCAAUGUCCGAAGUGAAUCGAACUAUUUUUAGAACAUAAUAAUGUGAAGAAUUUUACUUAUCUUAGUAAUAUUAUCUAAAUAUAGGAUCAAAACGAAAUAAAAAAAUAUUACAAUGAAAGGUUCGAACAUAAUCAGUUUUUGCAUAUGAUGAUGCGAAUGAAUUAUAAAACGAUUUUAUUUACAUUGAUUGUUGCUGUAAUAAGUUCUCUAUUAACAUCAUGGAACAAUUGUGGAUAUCCCUUUUUCCUAAGACCACCAGAUUGGAAAUAUCAAUUUCAACAUAAGGAAAAAGUGAAUAAUGAACCUGGAUAUCAAGAAAUAGAUUGCUCUAUAAAUGGUGAUUAUUCAAUCGGGUGUCGCAAGGAAGGGGAUGAAGUAUACAUACCAUUUUCAUUCAUUCAUAAAUAUUUUGAAAUUUAUGGUAAAUUGGCAACAUACGAUGGAUUAGAGAGAUUUGAGUGGUUACAUAGUUACUCAAAAAUCGUAACUCCCAAGGGUAAAUACGAUCCUCGAGGAGUAUUCAUGACAUUUGAAAAUUAUAAUGUUGAAGUUAGAGAGAGAGUAAAGUGUGUUAGCGGGAGCGAUGGUGUACCAAUAUCCACGCAAUGGGAAAGUCAGGGAUAUUAUUACCCAACUCAAAUUGCCCAAUUUGGACUGUCUCAUUAUAGCAAAAAUUUGACAGAACCUGAACCUUAUAGGAAAUUAAUAGAGGAUUCUGAUAAGAUAAAACAAGAAUGGUCUGUUCCUCAGGGAUCUGUUAUUUCUCGAAUAUAUGACAAACAAGUUAAUAGCUAUGUUAUGAAAUUUGCAACACCUGAAACUAGUACUUCUGGAAUAAGUUUAAAACUGGAUCAUGUAUUAGAUUUUGUAUUAAAAUGGGAUCUAAACAUUAAGGAUAAUGGUAGCAUAACAGUUGCAUUACAAUCUAGAGAAAAGAAAGAUAUAUAUUAUUUGCAUUACACUGCAAAUAAUGUAAUGUUAUAUACCUAUAAGAAUCAUAUAUAUUAUGGAAUUGGGCAAAUUAAUCAUCAAUGGAGACGUUUUACUAGAGAUUUGGUUAUUGAUUUACAAAAGGGAUUAUAUAUGAAUGAUAAAAGUAAAAAGAAACUUUCGCGAUCUAAAUUAAAGAUUGUUAAAAUAAUGCUUUAUGGUUCUGGAAUGAUUGAUAAUAUUACAUUGUCAACGAGCGAGCAUAUGGAACAAUUUUAUGAUGCUGCCAAAUGGUUCGUUGCUAAUCAAAAUAUUACAUCUGGUGGAUGGCCAAAUCCAGUUAGAAGAAAAGUUUCUAACGGUAUGGCUACGCUGGAACCUGGAUGGUAUUCCAGCAUGGGUCAGGGACAUGCCAUUUCGGUAUUGGCACGGGCAUAUUAUCAUUCUCGAGAAGAAAAAUAUUUACAAGCUGCAGUCAGAGGUUUAAGGCCAUUUAAAUUAUCAUCUAGUAAGGGAGGUGUAGCAGCUCUGUUUUUAGGUAAAUAUGUUUGGUACGAAGAAUAUCCAACAACACCACCUUCAUUUAUCCUUAAUGGGUUCAUAUACUCUCUCAUUGGACUCUAUGAUUUAAAAAGUAUAGCAACAGGUAAAGAUGCGUAUGAGGCAUCAAGAUUAUUUAAUCAAGGAAUGAUCUCACUUAAAAAUAUGUUGACUUUGUAUGAUACCGGGUCGGGUACAACAUAUGACUUACGUCAUUUUACUUUAAAAAUAGCUCCAAAUUUAGCCAGAUGGGAUUAUCAUUCUACGCAUGUGAACCAACUUCUUCUUCUUAAUACCAUUGACAAUGAUCCACUGUUUACUGCAACUGCAGAAAGAUGGAUCGGGUAUAUGAAUGGUAAAAAAGCUGCACAUAAUUAAUUAUAUUUACAUAUAUUUGUACUUAAAAUGACUACAUCGCGUCCUAAUAUUUUUAUUAAUUUUCGAUAUAAUUUCUUCAUUUCUUUGAAUUUCACAUUCUUAGCGAUUUUAUUUAAAUAACGGCGGCUGUAGAACGAAAAGUUAUCAGGUACAUGCGUUCAAUUGUUUUUGUAUGCACUUAUAAACGUUUUUAUAAAAAUUAUGAGUAAGUCACACAUACACUUGAUAAUAUACAUCAUUCAGUCAUGGAUCACUUUUUUUUUUAAAUAUUUAUAUAUAAUUCAUUUAUAAAAAAUAUAUAGAAUAUUAGAGGAGAGUAAAACAAUAAUUAAUUUUCAAUAGGAGUAAUGAUAAGUGCUGUCAAGUAAACUGGUUGUAUAAAUUAAUUUUUGUACAAGUAUAAUACAUGUACUUAAGUAGUGAACUUUAAUUAAAAUGCAAUCAGUUAAUUUCUGCAUGAAAAAAUAUUUGUAAUCUUUAAUAUUUAAUAUCAUUAAUAGCAAAUAUCUAUAAGAGCCUUCAGGAGUUAUCAUAUAAUAUAUAAAUUUAUACUGAUAUACAUAUAUAUAUAUAUAUAUAUCAGUAUUAUAUAUUUUAACACACAUAAAUAGGUCACCAACAAACAGACAUUGAAGUCUUUAAUAAGAUAGGACACUUUUUUAAUGAUAUUUCUGUUUUUAUCACUUUUAAUUAAUCAAAAUGAUAUAAUUGGACUAUACGCAAAGGAAAAAUAUUAUGGAUAUCUUAAUAAUUCAUUUAUGUUUAACAAUAUGACUUUACUGCAUAUCCUUGCCUUCAUUAGUUAAAUAUGUCUCAUAAAAAGUAAAUGUAAUUAUUGUUUAACGUAAUUUAAUACUUAUUAUACCAUGAAAAUUAAAUUUUUCUUCCUAUUAAAAUUAUUAUUUAACA